CGCAGCGGCCAGUAUCCGCGCAGACACCGACCGGAGAGCACCGCGAACACCACUUUUACAACUUUCCGAAGCUGAAACUACUUUAUAACCUAUAACAGGCUCUGCGGUCCCGUCCAGAGAUGAGUUUGUCCGGUUCUCAGACCAGGCUCCACCAGAUCGGCCGCCGGUCCAACUCCCGGCCAGACCUCACCGCCGUCGGCUACAGUUUACCGAGGAACGACGGAGCUCAGUUUUUCACGAGUGGAAACGGAUACCAGUCCGACUAUAAUGACGGCUACACGCAGUCCUUCACGCAGACUUUCUCCAGAAACUCUCAGGGUGGAGGAGCUGGAGGAGCCCAGAGCAUGUCAUCCAUGACGGUUCAGAAGCGAGCUCAGAUUCUGUACAAUGACUGCAUGGGAUUCCUGCAGCGAGCACAGGGCCUCCUGGAGACUAUGGGACCUGCUACUGAGGUAGACAAGAACAUGGUGGCAGCACAGGAGGCCAUGGAUCAGCUGCGGAAAUGUGCGGUGGACUUGAGGAACGCCGGUCUGCCCAAUGAUAUGAUCCUCCGCAGUUUGGAGGACUGUCAUGGCUUUUUUGCAGACAUUCGCAACUCCAUCACGGGCACCACCAUCAGGAGGACCGGCGGCAUCGUCAGUGGCACCGUCAGCGGCACCGUUAGCGGCUGGGAUGAUCCCAGCAAGAGCUUCCAGGACGCAAUGUCAUGGAUCAACCAGAAGAAGAGACUCAUUGAAACGUCAGCCUUCGGUGAUGAUUCAGAAGCCAUUAACCAACAAAUCCUGAAUCACAACAAGUUCCACAGCUCAAUCCAGAGAAGCCAGGAGGUGGACAGAGCUCGCGACGAUCUGAUGCAGAGCAGGGAAAAGGCUGGACUACACGCUCUGGACCAAGAAUGGGACAGUUUACAGAAAAUGUCCCAUGCACGUAUCGAUCAUCUGCGAGACCUGCAGAGCAUCAUCGAGGAGAUUUCCAGAGCCAUCAUGUGGGUGAAUGACAGAGAGGAGGAGGAACUGGUGUUUGACUGGGGCGAUAAAAACAUUGACAACUACAUCCCUCAAAAACAGGAGAGCUACUCGAAACUGAUGAGUGAUCUGGAGGAGAAGGAGAAAGAGCUGAAUAAGCUGAAGGCAAAGGUGGACACGCUGCUGAAGAACCAGCACCCGGCAUCUGAUAAGAUAGAGGCUUAUAUGGACACACUGCAAACCCAGUGGAGCUGGUUACUGCAGAUCACCAAGUGCAUCCAUGUUCACCUGAAGGAGAACGCAGCCUACAGCCAGUUCUUCAAGGAGGCGAAUGAGACGUACGGCAGACUGCAGAAAGACCACGAAAACAUCCGUAAGAAGUUCGGCUGCGACAAAACCACACCUCUGGAGAACCUCAGCGACAUGCUGAAAAACCUGGAGAAAGAGAAGGAGAGGGUCAUUGAGAAUAAGCGUCAGGUUCAGACGCUGGUCAGCAAGUCCAAGAACAUCGUGUGUCUGAAACCUCGCAAUCCAGAGGAGAAGAGCAGCAGUCCGGUCAUAGUGCAAGCUCUGUGUGACUUCAAACAGGAUCAGAAAGGCAUUAUGAAGGGGAAUGAAGGUAUCCUGAAAGACAACUCUCAGCGCAGUAAGUGGCACGUGACUGGACCGGGAGGACUGGACAUGCUCAUCCCGUCUGUGUGUCUGAUCAUCCCACCACCAAACCCUCUGAGCAUCAGCCUGGCAAACAAGAACGAGCAGUAUUAUGAAGCCAUCAUGUCCAUCUGGAGUCAGCUGUACAUCAACAUCAAGAGUCUGAUAUCCUGGCAGUACUGUCUGAGAGACAUCCAGCACAUCAACUCCCUCACUCUCUCUAUGCUGACACAAAUGCGUCCUGAGGAGUAUCGCCAAACCAUUAAGAACCUGGAGAUCCACUACCAGGAGUUUCUGCGCAACAGUAUUGGCUCUGAGAUGUUUGGUGAUGAAGACAAGAGAAAGAUGGAGCUUCAGUACUCCGGAGCUCAGUCCCACUACGACCGGCUGGUGAUCCAACUGCCCAACUACAGGGAGAAUGGAGUGAUCAGAGAAGUUGUGAUGGUGGAGACAGAUUCUAAGCUGAAAUCUGAGGUGUCGAGUGGGAAGACUGCGACUGCGGUGUCGAGUGGGAAGACUGCGACUUCGGUGUCGGUUUCGGGUCUCAAUGUGAGUCUGCUGUCGGACCUCAGCGCUCUGAGACGCAGACUAGAGACCGCAGAAGCCGGACUCACCAAACAUCUGCACGUUCCGCUGAAGGAGAACAGCGUUCAGGAGUGUUCACAGAGAAUCGUGCUGCUACAGGGUGUUCAUCGUGAUCUGGACUCCAUCCGGGACGAGUAUCUGCAUCUGAGGGAGAAGAUUAUGAGAGAGCUGGAGGGCAGCAAUAACCCAGAGCAAAGCCGAUACCUGCGCGCAGAACUGGACCUGAUCAAUCAGAAACUGGGCAGCCUGCAGGGCUUCUCCAGCGCAUACAUCCAGAGACUUGGUGCUCUACAAGCUUUGCUCCAGCACUUCCUGCAGGCAGAGGACAUCAUUAAAGUUCACGAGGCUCGUCUGACUGAAAAAGAAACCUCUUCUCUUGACCUGAAUGAAGUGGAAAAGUACUGCAUGACUCUCAAGACUAUGAAAGCAGAGCUGGAGCAGAAGAAGGGUGUUUUGAAGGGGAUGGAGACGGAGCUGUCCAAAGCUGUGCACUGGAACAGUCAGAUUGACCAGUCUUUCCAUCAGUGUGAUGUUGACCUGUCCAGAUACACUGAGCUGGUCGGACAGAUGACUGACCGCUGGCGCAGAAUUGUGACUCAGAUUGAUAGCAGGACGUGGGACCUGGAGAAACAAGAGAAACAGCUGAAUCACUACAAGCAGACCAGCUCCAACAUAAACAGAUGGAUUCAGGACACACGUCAGCGCCAGGAUACCCUCCAGAUUACCAAAUUCAACAGUGUGGACAAUUUAAUGGACCACCUCAACCAGCAAAAAGCGCUGUAUUCUGAGAUAAAGGGAAAGAAAGAAAAGGUGGAUGCUGUGGUCAAAGACUCAGAUACAUGUGCUGCCUCCAUAAAGGAUUAUGAGCUCCAGUUGGCGUCUUAUAGUGCAGGUCUGGAGACUCUGCUGAACAUUCCCAUCAAAAGGACUAUGCUGCAGUCUCCAGCCACUGUCCUCAGGGAGGAGGCAACAGAUUUGCAGUCUCGCUACAUAGAGCUCUUGACACGAUCAAGUGACUACUACAAAUUCCUUGGGGAAAUGCUGAAAAACAUGGAGGAGUUAAAGAUGCGGAACACUAAAAUUGAGCUUUUGGAGGAGGAACUGAGACGCCUCAAGGACAACCUCAAAGAUCAAAACCAGAAGAACAAAUCACUGGAGGACAGUUUGACUCGCUUUCGCCUGGAGCUGACCCAGUCCAAAGAGCAGCUCAUAUCUAUGGAGGAGGUGAAAAGAACCCAGGCCAGGCAAUGCAACACUGCUCAGGAAAGCCUGGAUAGUACCCAAAACCAGCUGAAGAGUUUACAAGAUGAGAUGUCCCGCCUUACAUUCCUACUCGAGGAGGAAAAGCGCAAGCGGAGGCUGGCAGAGGAGCGCUAUACUAACCAGCAGGAGGAGUAUGAGCUGGCCAUGCGCAAGAGACAGAAAGAACUGGAGGAGAUCACUUUGUCCAAAAGUCAAUUUGAAAGAGCCAUCAAAGAGAAAGAGCGGGAGAUUGAACGGCUGAAAUUACAGCUGCAGGACGAGGCCUCCCGACGCUCGGCAGCAGAACUGGAGACCUCAAAGGUAAGAACCCAGUUGAACCAGGACAUAAAUAGCCUAAAGCAAACAUAUGAGUCUGAGAUCCACGUCACCAAGACCACUGUGCUCAAGUCGGCACAGCAGAAGGAUGAGGAAUCGGCAUCUCUGAGACUUCAGGUGGACAGGUUAACCUCUGAGAAGAGAGAUCUGGAAGAGGAACUAAGGAAACUUCAGCUUUCUUUCUCCCAGACGGAAGCAGCACGACGGAAAGCAGAAGAAGACGCACAUCAGAAGAGGUCUAUGGCUGCAGAUGAAAGCAGAUCCAAGAAGGAACUGGAGUCACAGAUUCAGAUCAUAAUUCGUCAAAGGGAAGAGAUUGAAACGAGACACAAGAUGGACCUGGCUGAUGCUAACAGAGUUGCUCAAGAGAAGACCCGUGAGGUUACAUUGCUGACACAAAAUUUGCAAGACGAGUCCAGGCGGAGGAAAGCAAUGGAGGUUGAGAAUCAAAGCCUCAGACAGUCUCAGGCUGAAAUACUCGCCAAGCAGACUUCAACCACAGAGGUCAUCAACAAAUUAAAGGUCUCUGAGCAAGAGGUGCUCAUUAUAAAGAGGGAAAUGGAUGUACAAAAAAGUGAUAAGAUGAAGUUGGAGCAGAACUCCACCAGAUUGCAGAGUCGCAUAAAUGAACUGCAGUCCAAGGUGAAUGAGUUGCAGGUUGAACUGGAGAAAGAGAGAAGGAAUAAUCAGGAUGAGCUCACGAGGAGAAAACGAAUGGAAACAGAGUUGGAUAGGGUGAAUCAGACGUGCCGUGAAUACACCACUACCAUCAGCACUCUGCGGGUCCAACAAGAGAAAGAAAGUUCUUCUGGACGGAGGUACGAGCAGGAGCUUCGCAGUUCAAAAGAUGAGUUGGAGAGAAGCCUGAAAGAAUAUAAAAUCACAGUAGAGAAUCUGACCAAAGUCAAUGCAGAACUGAAGGCUUUGCAACAGCAGCUUCUACGAGAGCAGGGCCUGGUCCGAGAGGCUAAUCAGCGAAACGACUCCCUCUACAAGACUAUUGAGGAGAAGAGUCGAUUACUAAAUGAGAGCACUAGCGAGGUUGAGAAGUUGCAGACCCUCACCCAGAAUCUUACCAAAGAGCGCCUGCGGCUUGAGGAGGAACUAAGGAAUGUGCGGCUGGAGCGGGAUGAUGCUAAAAGAAGCCUGGGCACCAUUGAGAGUGAAAGUGCGUCACGGUUAUCUGCCAUUCAGUUUCAGUUACAAACCAGCAAUAACAGAGCACUGGAACUGCAGGAACUAAUCAAUGAACUGACAAAAGAGAGGGAAAGUUUAAGGGUGGAAAUCGCCCAAAUCCAAAAGCAGUUCUCAGAGACAUCCAUGAUGAUCCAGCGAUCUGAUUCAAAUUACAAAGACAUUGUGCAAGAGAGAGAUAGUCUCUUAAUCAAACUGAAGCUGCUGCAACAGGACAAAGAUAAGCAGAAGCAAUAUGAAGAGGAGCUCAGGCGCAUCAAACUUACGUUGGAAUCAGAGACGAAACAGAAGCAACGUCUCCAGGAUGAAAUCGAUAAAAUCACAAAGGAUUUCAAGUAUUGGAAAAGCCAGUACGAGUUAAAAGAGGGGCAGAUCAGACAGAGUGAGAUGGAUAGGGAUAGAGUAGAGAGAGACAGAGCCUCCUUGCAAAGUGAGAUUCAAAGAUUGACCGCUGAGCUGAGAAGUGUUGAGGAACGCUACAGAGGUCGUCUUCAGAGCUCAGACAAGGAAAUCUCGGAGCUAAUGCGUAGGAAGGAGUCUUUGGAAAUUGAGCUGAGGAGAUUGCAACAGCGUCCAGUUGCAACAUGCAAGCAAACCCAGACGGAGGAGAUUUCUAAGCCUGUCGUUGAGCAGAAAUUGACCGUGCAAGGUCUCCGUGGUGAGGUCUCGCUUACAGAGCUUGUCGAGUCCGACUUGCUUGAUCAAACUGAUUUGGACAAAGUAAACCGAGGACAACUAACCAGCAAAGAUAUCGAGUACAAACUCAAAUCAUAUCUUGGUGGCUCUGAUUGUAUUGCCGGUAUCUAUGAUGAGGCCAAGGAUAGAGUCAUGCCUUUUUACCAGGCCAUGAAAGAUGGUCUACUCCGACGGGGAACCACACUGGAGCUCCUGGAGGCCCAGGCUGCCUCUGGUUUCAUAAUUGACCCAGUUAAGAAUGUCUGUAUGACAGUUGAAGAAGCAUGGAAGAGAGGUCUUGUGGGAAAGGAGUUCAAAGACAAACUCCUGUCUGCUGAGAAGGCUGUGACGGGAUACAAAGAUCCCGCAACAGGAAAGAUCAUCUCACUCUUCCAAGCUAUUGAGAAAGAGAUCAUUGAGAAAGGCCAUGGAAUCAGACUGCUGGAAGCUCAGAUAGCCAGCGGUGGGAUUAUUGAUCCUAAAGGUAGCCAUCGAAUUGAUGUGGAAGUGGCUUACAGGAAGGGUUACUUUGACCGUGAGAUGAAUGAGAUUUUGUCCUAUGAGGGGGAUGACACCAAAGGUUUCUUUGAUCCCAACACCCAUGAAAACCUCACAUAUCUAGAGUUGAAAAAGAGGUGCAUCAAAGAUCCCAAGACUGGGCUCAUGCUUUUGCCUUUAAAUGACAAGCAGAAACCAAAGCAGACAACAACCCAGAAAAACACACUACGCAAAAGAAGAGUAGUGAUCGUAGACCCUGACACUGGUAAAGAGAUGACUGUACGAGAAGCGUACCAUCGAGAGUUAAUCGACUAUGACACCUUUCUGGAACUCUCCGAACAAGAGUGCGAAUGGGAGGAGAUCACGAUUGAAACAUCUGAUGGAAACAAGCGUUUACUUAUUGUCGAUCGCAAAACUGGAAUCCAGUAUGACAUUCAGGAGUCCCUACAGAGGGGGAUUAUCAAUAAGCAAACUUUGGAAAAGUACCGUGCAGGGACUAUGACGCUCACUGAGUUUGCAGCUCUGAUCACUAGUAAAAGCAACAGUUCUGAGCUUGCCAUCUUCUCCAGCAGUCCUGAGGAUGUAGCCACCUGCAGUAGUCCCACACAGCCAUCAUCCCCAACCGUCCGCAAACGAUUUGCAAGCGUUUCCAUAACACUUUCCCCUCCAUCUGAUAUUUUUGACGACCAGAGCCCUGUGGGAGCAAUAUUUGAUACGGAGACCCUUGAGAAGAUAACCAUCCCUGAGGCUCAGCGACGUGGAAUAGUGGACAACAUCACCGCUCAGCGACUCCUUGAAGCGCAGGUUUGCUCUGGAGGAAUUAUCAAUCCCGCUACCGGCCAGAGACUAUCUCUGAAAGACGCCGUACAGCAAAGCCUUAUCGAUGAAGACAUGAGCGUCAAGCUAAAACCAGCGCAGAAGGCUUAUGACGGUUUUGAGGAUGUGAAGACCAAGAGGAAACUUUCCGCUGCCGAAGCCAUGAAGGAAAAAUGGUUGCCUUACGAAGCCGGCCAGAGGUUUCUAGAGUUCCAGUAUCUCACAGGUGGACUCAUAGAGCCAGGAACUGGACGCCGAGUAAGCAUUGAGGAGUCCAUCCGGAAAGGGUGGCUUGAUGGCAAAGGGGCACAAAAGCUGCAAGAUACCAGGAACUACAUUAAGAACCUUACCUGUCCCAAAACCAAGCUUAAAAUCUCAUACAAAGAGGCGAUGGAUAACUGCAUGGUGGAGGAGAACAAUGGCAUGAAGAUGCUCCAGGCGACCUCUAUGUCUACCAAAGGCAUAAGCAGCCCCUAUAAUGUGUCCUCAGGACCAAGCUCUCGUUCUGGAUCCAGAGCCGGGUCCCGAACAGGCUCAAGAAGUGGAUCGCGCAGAGGCAGUGUCGACUACAGCUCUUCAUCUGUUUCUUACACCUUCUUCUCUUCUGCUUCUUAACGCCGUUAUAAUUCCUAUGCUUAAUAUGUACAAUUUUAUAUCUUACAAUGAUUUUCUAUUGAAUUCCAGUAUGGGUUUGGGAUACAGAAUGUAGACUGACUUGUUUGACUUGAUUUUACGGUUAUUAACACUGAUAUAUUUCCUUGGGUGUUUUUUAGAUUAUAAUUGCAACAGAUUUAAGUGCUUUUGAUUAUUUUCACAGGGGGAAUUUUAGAUUUAUCAUGACAUUUAACAGUGUUUUUGUCAUUCCUUAUUUGGUUCGUUUGCUAUAAGAAGUUGUACUGAAAUAUUUUACCUUGCCUGUUUUAUUUACAUUUUACAUAUAUUCAUUUAGAAGACACUUCUAUCCUAAUUGACUUCCAAAUACGAAAGAUAAGCAGCGUUUUCAUAUUGUUUAGAAAGUUCGAAUCAUCUGCUGACUUAGCAUCAACAUGUAUUUACAUAUUUCAAAGUAGAAAUCUGAUAUAUUUUGAGAUGUGCCUCUAAUGAAUGAAUAUUUGAUCAGAUUGUGUUUAUAUGGAGAAAUUUAAACAAUAAAUUCUAUCAAACUAUUA